AACGAUGCUGCUGCUGCCGCCUGUGUGAAGUUGAUUCACACAAAUCCCCGGCCUGGCGUCGCGACCAAUCGAGCUGCUGAGCCGGUGACGCUGCGGAGGGCCGUCCGUCAGUGCGCCUGCAUUCAUAAACGGAUGUGAUAAGUGUUGAUUGUACUGUACAGAGACGAAACUUGCGGACCAUGGCGGAAGAAGACGACACGAAAAUACGGAUUUUGCAGAGCCUCCGAGGAAAAAUCUGCGAAGCAAAGAAUCUGGGUCCAUGCUCAGGGCCCAACCGCCUCCGUGACCUCUGCACCUUCUGUACCAUCAGUCUAGACCAGGAAGAAGUAUACCGCACAAAAGUCUUUGAGAAGAGUGUCAGUCCAUUCUUUGGAGAGGACUUCUACUUUGAGAUUCCCCGCCCGUUCCAAUGCCUGUCCUUUUAUGUGUAUGCCAAGGGCAUGUUUCUAAGGGAUUUACCUGUAGGGAAAGUAGCUAUCAGGAAAGAAGAUCUAUAUAAGUACAGUGGGAAAGAGAACUGGUUUCUCUUGCAGCCUGUGGACCCACACUCAGAAGUUCAGGGGAAGGUUCAUUUAGAGAUGAAGCUGAAUGAGUUGAUCACAGAGACAGGAUCCGUCAGCCAACAGCUCGUUGUUCAGAUAAUUGCAUGUCAGGGUUUGCCAUUGAUAAGUGGGCAGAACUGUGACCCGUACGCCACAGUAACACUUAUAGGGCCAGCCAGGUGUGAUCAGAAAAAAACUAAGGUAAAGAAGAAAACCAGCGACCCUCAGUUUGAAGAGACCUUCCACUUUGAGUUUCAGGUCACAAGGUCAAGCAGUUUCAAGGGGAAGUCCCAGUUUCAGGUAGAAGAGGAGGACAUAGAGAAACUAGAGAUUAAGGUAGAGCUGUGGAAUAAUGGUAACUUGGCACAGGACGUGUUCCUCGGAGAGACCAGAGUAUCUGUGAAAGUCCUGAGAAACGACCAUUCGCACAGAGCAUGGUACUUAUUGCAGCCUAAAGGAAACGGUACGAAGCCUAAGCCUGAUGAUCUUGGUUCUCUACGACUGAAUGUAACGUACACAGAGGACAACGUUCUUCCCUCGGCAUGCUACACUGCCCUCCGCAACCUAAUGCUCAAAUCCCCAGAUGUCAAGCCGAUCUCAGCGUCUGCAGCUCAUGUUCUGGGAGAUGUUUGCAGGGAGAGUGUGGGGUAUGAAGCUUUGCUUCCUGUGGUCAGAUUGCUGCUCCAUCACAACAGACUGCUGCCCUUCCUCACCGCUGUAGCCGCACUGGAGCUAGAGAACACACAAGAGGCCAACACCAUAUUCAGAGGGAAUUCUCUGGCCACUCGCUGCAUUGAUGAUAUGAUGAAGAUUGUGGGCCGAAGUUACUUGACUGUCACCCUCAAACCUGUUCUUAAUGAGAUCUUUGAAUCAAAUAAAACCUGUGAGAUCGACCCCAUCAAGCUGAAAGAGGGUGACAAUGUGGAGGUCAACAAGGAAAAUCUACAGGGAUACGUUCAGAAGUUGUUUACGUCCAUAACGCAGUCCUGCUCAAGCUGUCCUCCCCUAAUGUGUGACGUCUUCAGAUCACUCCGACAGCUCGCUUCUAAACGCUUUCCAGUGGAUCCUCAUGUGCAGUACUCUGCUGUCAGUAGUUUCAUAUUUCUGCGGUUCUUUGCGGUGGCUGUGCUCUCUCCACACACCUUCCAGCUGCGAUCGCAUCAUCCUGACCCUGAAAUUACACGUACUCUUACUCUCAUCUCUAAAACCAUCCAGUCUCUGGGAAGCUGGGGCAGCCUUUCCAAGAACAAACUGUCUAGCUUUAAAGAAUCCUAUAUGUACGAUUUCUUCAAGUUAUUCCAAGAAGACGAAUGUAUAGAAAAAGUUAAAAAGUUCUUAGAUGAGAUCUCGUCUAAUGUGUCUAAUGAGUCCAGUGGAGUGGAGGACUCAUUUGUGCUGAAGGAAGGUGAGGUACAUAAACGAGCCCAGGGCAGGAAGCGAAUAGGAAAGAGGAACUUCAAGAAACGCUGGUUACGAGUGACCAAUCAAGAGCUGUCUUAUCACAAACAAAAAGGGUUUACAGCAUUACGUCGUCAAGGCAACAAAGUUGUAAAAUUGGAUAUAACUUUACACAGAGAAGGGAAAGAAGCACUGUGUGUUAUUCCUGUGAAAAACAUCCUCGGUGUUGAGAAACUGGAAGAAAGUGCCUUUAAUCGCAAAAACAUGUUUCAGGUAAUUCAUUCAGAGAGGCCUCUGUAUGUUCAGGCAGGGAACUGCGUGGAGGCCAACAGCUGGAUCGAAGUGUUGAGUCAGGUCAGCCGCUGUAACUCUGGGCGACUCAGCGCAUUUCACCCCUCCGCUUACGUCAGUGGAUCCUGGUUAUGCUGCAAGGAACCCAACGAAAACGCCCAGGGAUGCAAACCCUGCACUAUGACAGUGCUGGCUAAUAUUCAACUGGACAUCGAUUGUGAUAGAGAGACAGAACGAAUCUUCUCUUUCUUCUCCUGCAACCUCUCCAGACUGCAGAAGAUGGAGGAUGCCUGUGCCUGUAUGUCAGUGUAUCUCGGGCAGCAGAAAGAGCAGGAGGAGUAUUCAGCCUUCACUAUACAAGACCCGAAAGAGACCUUCCGCACCAUUAAUGAGCUCAGAGCUGUGCUGGAAGAACUGCAGGCUCACCACGACUCAAAGGGGGCGCUAACCGAUGAACCAGGCACUAUUGAGAAUCCUAUAGUGGGAAAGACAGCGUAACAUUGUGGCUGAGGGAUCAAGUGGUAAUGACAUAGCCACACAAGCAGAUGGCACUGUGUUUGUCGACAUAGAGGAGUACAGCCCUACAGAAUGACAAAGCUCAGAGAACGUUCAGAGAGCCACUGCCGUUCCACACGUGACUGGGCCUAACCUCUCCAGCAUGGCCUGAUGUAUUGUGCACAUGGAAGAAUUUAGCCAGUCAAUCAUUGGAAAAAUCAUGCUCUUUUCUCUGUGUGCCUGUCCAGUCUCAGUCUUACAACAGUUUUUUAAGAUUGUCCAGUAACCUCAUGUGUCAGCUGGCACAGUAAGAAAAGAUUCUCAUCAAUUCUUCUCCAUUCCUAACCAGGCUGUGAAAGUCCAGACACCAAGUCUGUGAGAAAUUUUAGCUGCUAAAGUCAGUGGAGGUACUUACAAUCCCACCUGUGUGUAUGAAUUAGGGACUAAUGCAGAAGCACUUUAGAUAUUUGGAAUAUUCCAGAUGUUAUUGUUUUAGAUACGUGGUAUCAACCUUUUUUUCCCCCAAUAUUGAUCAGUUACAUGAUCAGCUAAUGUUAUGUAGAUAACAAACAUAUCCUGUAGAUUUUUACUAGCUAUUUUUCUUACACCAAAGAAGUUGUUUUGUAGGCUUUCAUGACUUGAAAAAAGGUAUACAUGUAGUUUUCUAAUUACAGAAAUUUUUAAAAAAGGCAAGUGGAUAUCUAUUUUUCAUUGGCAUACGUUUUGGGGGCAUCAUCAGUUUUGAUAAAUCAUGAAGAAUUUUUCAAUCAGUCCAUCUUUGUAAUUUCCCCCAUUGCAAAAGUUGGGAUAUUUUAUUGUGUGCUGUCAUAAUUAUAGAUUGUUUGGUCAGAAUUCUGCUCUACAAGACACAAUCACCAGUUUCAUGUUUGCUUUGUCGCAGUUGUGUUAUAUUAUUGUGGUGGAUUUGUCGUGAAUGUCAGAUCCCACCUUCUGAUUCAUACAGGUCUGCAUAUUGAUUGAUUUCUUAAAGUGUGUCUGAAAUUACACCAUUCCCAACCUUACAAGAACAAAUACACUGGGGUCCAGAAAUUAGAGACAACAUUGAAAAUCUGGGAUUUUUUUUAUUUUUAUUUUAUUUUAUUUUUUUAUUUAAACCUAGAAAUUACAAAAGAAAUGUGAAAAAGAUAUGAGUUAAAAUAAAUAUUUAAGAUUCUGCACCAUUUCUAGGUCAAUAAUGUAAGCAAAUUUGUGACAUUGACCAUGCUAACUCCUUUCUCAGGUCUGUCAGUUAAUUAAUUACAUGAUAUGCUGAUUGAUUAAUCAAAUGAAUCGAGUAUCAAUAUUUGCCAAGAAAAGCCCCUAAAUAAAAAUAAUUCUAUGUAUAAUGAUUAAAUACAACUUAUUAUAUAAUUAAAAAGGAAUAUAAAAUAAAGAUAAUAAUUCAGAUAAUUAAAAUACAUUGCAUUAUUGUGGCAGACAAUUAAAGCAUUGAUCGGUCAAUACAAAAAGCUUUAGAAGGCAAUAAUUUUUUUUAACUGUUUAUUUCCAUAUCAUUGAACAUAGGCCUAUCAUUUGCCUACAGGCCACAGCAAUCCCUUUUGCAAUUUAAUUCAUCAAUCUGUUCGAGGUUGCCUCAUUGUAAGGACACGUCUGUGCACACAUACGUAUGUCAGACGUGGGCAUUUGGUGCGUCUCACUUUGGUUGCGUCACAUCAUAAUAUGUAGUUUGAAACUUAGAAAAACAUGUAAUGAAAUGCCUACCUUCAAAGAUGCGUUCCGUCCAGCUGUGUUUCAACGCAAGAACGUGUCUUCAUCAUGUGCUGUCUGCUGUCAGUAAAUGUGGUUUGUUGCCUGUACUGAAAUGCAUUGCCUGUACAGCUGGUGUUGCGCUUACUGCCCCUUGCUGACUGGGGAUCGUAAAACAUGAAGGUGGUAUUCAAGCAUGAAUUGCUCCAAUGGUAAUUGUUUUAUAUAAUUAAUUGCACUAAAUUAACGUAUUAAAUUGGCAGCCCUAAUAAUUUGAUAUUAAAACUAUUGUAUUAAAUUACAAAACAAUGCAAAAAAAAAAAAAAAAAAAGAGAUACAUGCUGAUUAGUGGUCCCAGACUUUUGGACCCCACUGUAUGUGGUCACAUACACAGGUUAUUUACCAUUUGGCCUACUUGUGUUCUGUAAACUUCAGAUCCACCAUUUGAUAUACUUGUGUGCUGCAAAAACCAAAUCUUAAUAGCUGAGAUAAACUAAACAACUGACUAGCAUAUACCUGUUAGUAUGGGAGUAUAUAGUAUAAAAUUGAAGUGUACUUAGCAUGAUAAUUUCUUACCUUUUAUGAAACAUCAGUGUCAGAGAAUAUUAUGUCCAAAAAUAUGUUAAUGUAGGAACACAAGGACAAACAAAUUGUGGCUUACUUUGACAUCUCAGAGAAAGCAAUUGGUUUCUUGCAUUCUUCAUAAUAUUCACUUUUUUUUUAUUUUAUUUUUUUAUAUAAUAAUAAUAAUAGGUUUUAGGAUAUUUUAUUCUGAACAAACUCUUUUGAACAGGAGUACACACAGGACUGUGAAUUUUAAUUGAUGUGCCUCUCAAAAAAUUCAGAAUUAAGAAUUUGAAAGCUGAAAGAUUUGUUUAGCACUGAUAAAGAGACUUGGAACACAGUUUGCCAUUUGGGCACAAAUAAUUAUGCAACAUUCUCCUUCCAGUUUUAAUAUUUGGUGUCAAAAAUGUCUAAUGUCUAUGUAUAUUUAUCUUUUCACAAAUACAGAAUGUGAUGUGUAGAUUUUCCUAGCACACUGUGAACUGAAUUAUGUCAUGCUAGGUUAAUACAUUGAUCGAAUGGUACAUGGAUGUUAAUCUUGUACUCUGAGGGUCCACCGAGCUUCGGCAGAAAUGUGGUAGUGAUCUUCCUCGAUUCAGAACUGUGGUACAGUCCUUCAUUACACUUGUCUGAUCCAAUGUAAUGGUUUCUGUGGCUACAUUUAUUCCCCUUAUCUUUGAACUGGACAUAAUUGCUUCUCAUUUAAAACUACAGAAAUCAUUACAACCCCCAACCAGCUUCCUUAACAUCCCCAUCCCAGACUGAGAAUAUUUUUUUUAACUUUCCCAAUUUAGCACUUGGCUUUGAGUUGACAGAAAUAAUGAAGACAAUGUCAUUUUUCUAUUUCUUGAAGUCCUUAUUUAAUGUAUAAUGGUACGAAUCUACAAUCACCAUAUUAUAAGAAGGUUUCAAACUGCUAUGUGCUCCUGUUAUGUUUGUGCACAAAUCUCAGCCCAUUGAGCUCAAAUGGUGUAAUUGGGUAAAGUAUCUGUGAUCAGUCCUUUUGAGAACCUUGUAGUUUGAAUAAUCCAUUUCUUAAAUUAUUAUAUUUUUAGAUCAAUAAUGUAGGUCUGUAAACUCCUAUAAAUAUUUGCACAAAUUUGACCAACUCCCAUUCCUGUUCUAAGGUGUUACUAACUGUAAUGGACAUUUUUGCUUCAAUUUGUUAUUUAAAUGUUUUUAUACCAUUAUUUUCACAAUACAAGCUCACAUAAUUCCUCUGUUAUUAGUUCUGUGGAAUUAAUUUGCAAUAAAUAUAUUGUUUGUGUUU